AUGAAAAGCGCCGCAGGCGGCAAAGGCGGCAACAAAACGCGCAAGUUUGUGGAGAUCGAGCAGCAUGUAGCAGUCACGCGCAUCAUUCCUUCGGCAUUCGAACAGUGGGAUCAACUGGCCAUGACUUUGAUCCUGGGAAAUCAGGAUUUGCGUACGGGAUUCGAGCUCUUUGGCGUUCUAGGGAAUCGUGGUUCUCGACCCACCUUGGGUGCCCAGAAACUCGAAUAUGAGAUCCACAUGCUGCAGGACAAGACGGACAUUGUGGAACGCAACGGUCUUGAAAACUUAGUAGCGCACAAGGACUACAGUCGACGCAGAGGCGUAAAUGAUUUGACCAGUGCAGAGUGGAAAGAUGUAGUAGUUCGAGAUAUCACAGAGCUGCGCUUCUUAGAACGCCUCAUGGCUUGGAUUCCUGGACUGCUGAAAUUUUACUACAGUUCCAAGUCCUUUUUGAUGCCGGACGCACCUGCCGACGAUGCCUACACCAAGGAGCUGGAGCAGUGCAGCACGGUGAUCGCGCACGCUCGCGUGUCCUGGGUGUUAGGCGUCGUGCAAGCGGAGGUGAUUCCGUACAAGAAACACCUUGCAGACAUCUCGUCGAUGCAUCAAGACUUUAUCACGACGUUCGUGACCAGGAAAGAAACGCUUUUGUGGCUCUUGACGCACACGGACGGCGGAGCGUUUGACAAGAAAAUUCGACUCGUCAGACCGUGUACGGAUGAUGAAGUUCUCCUUCGAGCGUUGUCGAAUUUGUCCGAACUACGUCGCGUAGUCUCCGAGCUCUUCUACAAGGACGCAGUGGAUCAAUUAUGGUCAGCUUUUUUCCAUCAUUCUCGGCAUCUUGGUCCCCUGUUGUGUUCCCUUGUUGUAUUCUCGUGAAAUACAAGGUAAAAGGGGUCGAGGAGAUGAGGGGGCCGAGAUGCAAUCUAGCAGACUCUAAAUCAAGUAGCAGUGGAAGCGAUUGCGCCGGAACCAACAAGUGCCAUCGUAGAUGCAGCAGCUCCUGGCACAAGUCCUCCUGGUAGCGCGGUUGUAGCU